CCCUUGCCUCCUCUCAGCAGGGGCCUCGGCUCCGCAACUGCCACUCCUCCUUGGGGUGUUGCACAAGUUUCGAGGUCACCGGCGAUCCCCCCUAGCAGCGCGCCUGGCUCUGGCCCCCGCGAAGGAGGACGGGGCUUGUGUGUUGCAUACUUUCUAAGGCGGCGGGGCGGCGGCUCCAUCCAGCCCAUCGGCUCCUCCUCCUCGGCAUGGCUGGCUACUUGAGCGAAACAGACUUUGUGAUGGUGGAGGAGGGCUUCAGCACCCGAGACCUGUUAGAGGAGCUCACUCUGGGGGCCUCACAGGCCACCGCGGGUGAUGUUGCUGCCUUCUUCGUGGCCGACCUGGGCACUGUGGUGAGGAAGCACUUCUGCUUCCUGAAGUGCCUGCCACGAGUCCGGCCCUUUUACACGGUCAAGUGCAACAGCAGCCCAGGUGUGCUGAAGGUCCUGGCCGAGCUGGGGCUGGGCUUCAGCUGUGCCAACAAGGCAGAGAUGGAGUUGGUCCAGCGUAUUGGCGUCCCUGCCAGUAAGAUCAUCUGCGCCAACCCCUGUAAGCAAAUUGCACAGAUCAAGUACGCUGCCAAGCACGGGGUCCGGCUGCUGAGCUUUGACAACGAGGUGGAGCUGGCAAAGGUGGUAAAGAGCCACCCCAGUGCCAAGAUGGUUCUGUGCAUUGCUACUGAUGACUCUCGCUCCCUGACCCCCCUGAGCUUCAAGUUUGGGGCAACGCUGAAAUCCUGCAGACACCUGCUUGAAAACGCCAAAAGGAGCCACGUGGAGGUGGUGGGGGUGAGUUUUCACGUUGGCAGCGGCUGUCCUGACCUUCACGCCUACACUCAGUCCAUCGCAGACGCCCGGCUGGUGUUUGAAAUGGGCGCUGAGCUGGGCCAUGGGAUGCACAUCCUGGACCUUGGUGGUGGCUUCCCUGGAUUGGAGGGGGCCAAAGUGAGAUUCGAAGAGAUUGCUUCUGUGAUCAACUCAGCCUUGGAUCUGUACUUCCCGGAGGGCUGUGGCGUGGACAUCCUUGCCAGGCUGGGGCGCUACUAUGUGACUUCGGCCUUCACCUUGGCAGUCAGCAUCAUCGCCAAGAAGGAGGUUCUUCUGGACCAGCCUGGAAGGGAGGAGGAGAAUGGUUCCACCCCCAAGACCAUCGUGUACCACCUCGGUGAGGGCGUGUAUGGAAUCUUCAACUCAGUCCUGUUUGACAACACCUGCCCUACCCCCAUCCUGCAGAAGCGAAACGGGGGUACUUCUGCAAGACCGGCCUCGGGCGCUCCCCAGGCGGAGAAAACCCCCGCCCCCGGGGCCGUCCCUCUGCUGAGUCGCGUGCGAGCGCGCUGGUCUCGGGAGAGUUUCUCGCCGAGUGAAUACGUGCAACGCUCUUCUCCCAAGAGCUCGGUUUUCUCACUGAACAAACGACACGGCCAGGAGCAGAAACCAUUGUCUCAGCCGCUGCCUUAAGGAACCUCGAAUGCCCGGCUUCCAGCCGCGACGACCGCGGAUUUCCGGUGGCGUCACGUCACUUCCGUGGUAGAGAGGCUCCUAGGCCUCGAGCCCUGCGCUCUCGCGCUCUCUACCGGCCCGGAGGAGGAGCUGACUUUACCAAACGGAAGAGAGAGCGGAGUCCAUUGGUUGAAAGACCGACGCAGCUACCAGCCUCCACCAAUAGAAAACCGAACCUUCGCCAUGGGCGGGGCUCCCACAGGAAAGGGGUCAGCCCGGGACGAAAGAGGCGUGGGAAGGCGGCGACCUGGUCUCGGCCGGUCGACAAAGGCUCAAAGUAACACCGGAAGUGGGCUUGUUACCCACUAGCUACUUCCGGCUCACUUACAAAGUGGGAGGAUCCUUGAAGAAAAGGAUCCGAGAGCCGUAGGGACCCGGUAGGCUCGUCUCAGUUGUCCUCCCUGCCAAUCCGUUUUCUAUACGAGUUCACGCAGAAUAUCAGGGGCUUUGAACGAAU